GUCAGAGUGCCAGCUGUACAGCGCUGUCAAAGUUCAGCGCCACACCCUAAGGCUAAGGGGAGUGUUACUGGCUGUUUCGGUGCGCGGUUACAUAGCGCGAGGGCGACGCCGGUGCCGCGUCUGUCUGUCAGUCACUGCACGUUUGCGCUGGGCGGUGUGACGCGCGACCGCGACCGGGCUGAGCGCGCUGCGGUGCCGGGAUGCGGCCCGGCCGGUGCGCUGCGUCGCGAGGAGGCCCGGCCUCGGGCUCGAGAGAGGGAGAACGGCACGUGACGUGGACGCGAUGCGCAGAUUUGAUGCACUGGACGGAUGAGGACCCGACGCCCGACGCAAAAAGGUGAACGGCUGCUUACUGCUGCGCUCCUGACCUGGACCACCGACACCCACCAUGACCGAGAGCCUCGACUCCACGGAAACGACGUAAAAAUGUCGAGCACCAGCGACCCCAGAAAAGUGGCCUAGCGGUACCGGCGAGCGCAGGCUGGGAAGCGCAUCACUUGCGAACAUGGGCUUCACAAAGCGGAGGUGCAUCACCACAGUUUUCGGGAUUGUCAUUUACGUCACGGACGUCGGCACCGAUUUAUGGGUGGCGGUGCAGUACUUUGAAGAUGGGCGCGUGGCCUGGUGCACGCUCACACUCUUGUUCGUGCUUUGCGGACUGGCAUGCGCGCAGAUUUUCAGCUACGCCUGGUUCUGCGACGAUGGCGGCGUAGCGGACUCUGCCGACAGGGCGGUCCGCGCCGACACGGCGGACUCCGCCGACGCCGUGGAACGCGCGGACAAAGCGGACUCUGCCGAUCAGCUGUCCAGAAGGUCCGCUGUCGUGCUGCACCUCCUGCAGCUGGGCAUCUUUAUCAGGUAUUACCGGCUGCUGAGGAAAGCUGUACGAACGGUGUGGGUUUGCAGCCCCUCGGUGAGGGACGACACCGAGCUCCACCGUGACCUGUUCGCCAAGGCCACUGAUCUGAGCAUGCUGCGGCUGUUCGAGACCUUCCUGGAGAGCACCCCCCAACUCAUCCUGCAGCUCUACAUCAUACUGGGUCACGACCACCGCUCCGUCAUCCAGUACGUCUGCAUCACCGGCUCUUUCUUCAACAUCGCCUGGUCGACUGUUGACUACCGCAGGUGCUUCCGCAGAUCCCUUCCGGACGUCAGCGAGAUGCCCUGGGGUCUGCCCACCGUGGUGUACCUGUCCUACAAGCUGCUGACCGUGAGCGGCCGCGUGCUCGCCCUCAGCCUGCUGGUGGUGCUCCACACCUACUACGUCUUCGCCUUGGCUUUCGUCUGGUUGCUUGGCGUGAUAUGGACCUACAGAGAGGAGACGGACUUCUGCACGUCCAAGCACCUGGAGAAGUUGUACAGGGCUGUGGUUGGGGUUAUACUCAUUUUCACAUUCUUCAACAUUAAGGGACAGAACAGUAAGCUGCAGAUGUUGGUCUACUACGUCGCCUGUGCCACACAGAACCUUCUAAUCCCCGUGAUGUUCUUCUGCCUGGAACCUGGAGCUGCAAAGUCCGACUUUUUCUGGCCGGUCGCCGGGGUGAUAUUCACCAGCACCAUUCUGGGCUUGCUGCUCCUCUGCCUCUUCUAUAAGUUCUUGCACCGUAAGACGGAGGCGCCGGUGGCCGACGAGGUGGACGGGCUGAGAAACGAGGGGAAGAAGGAUCUGGAGGCAAAGCGACGAAUGCAGGCAUUUUUACAGCAUUGACACCUUCUUCUGAUGGGUUUAUGGGGAUCGCUGUGACCGAGGAUGUAGGAUUUCAGGACACAACACUCGCAACACAAUUUACAUUUCCAUCUAUUUAUUUAGCAGACCAGGGGACCUGCCC